CUUUUAAUGCGUACCAGACCAUCGUAUCGUCCGGAUCUAAUUUGCAUAUUGGUGUACCCCUGUAUCCAUGUAACCAGAUACACAGCCAACAUGGCGGCCGCCGGGCGGAUUGGGGUCGACGGCACCGUCUUCAAACUCGUGUAAAACUUGUUUCUUGCCGUUUUCUUCGCCACACUUGCUGUCAAACUCAAGACGAAAGACUUGCCAACGUAGGAGAGAAGUUUCAAACCCGUACCGCCCACCCUUACGGAGAUAUCUUCGACCGAAACGACCGACCACCCCGCCUGAGAACUUUACUAGGACCGGGCAACACGCGUUUGUGUACAGAUUUUGCCUAACUUGAACGGACUCUAACUCUCUUCCUUCGAGUUUCCUUGCCAGUUGGACACCAAAAAAGAAGUACAGUUCCUGAAGCGAGAUGUCGGAGAGAAGACGAUCGCCGCCGCGGCAGUCACGGGAACCCCAGGUGAGCCGCAGAGCGAUGGGCAGCUCCGCCGACGCCAGGAAGUCACGGCUCUCAGCCCUCGCACCUGGAGAAAACAUCAAGGAGAAACAGCAAAAGUUGAAGGAAGAGCGAGAGGCGAAGCGUGCUAUGCUGGAUGCCCGCCAUGACUACGUCCUGGAAACUGUCUCACGCAGCCUCAAUAUCGAGAAGCCGGAGGUGGAAGAUGCCAUUUUGGAGGGAACACAGAUUGAACGUAUGGACCAGUUCUUUGCUCAAGAUGGACUUCUGCACCUCGUGUUCUUCUACCAGGAAUCAUCAGACUCAGAUAAAGACCCAGUUGAGCAGCUCCGUCUGGGAGGUCCUCCAGGCUCCACCAACAAGCCGGUCCCCAGGAAACCCAAACUGUUCAUCACGGAGGGGAAGGACUCCUCCCUCAGCGGUGUGGCAGUCAUCUUCCUCAGGCCGAACAGCACCAGAGCAAUCCUCGCAGAAAAUAUCACCAAGGAGGUGACAGUGACAGUACUGGACACCACAGGUGUGGGUCUACUGACUGCAAUACAGAAGCUACUGUCCAACAUCUUCAUCCCCACACUCAGGGUUGUAGAAAACGGCUGGGGAGAUCUUGGCAAUAAGGACGGUGCCCCAGUACGUCUGGACUUCCUGAACAACCUGGACUCCUUUGUGUCAGUCCUGGGCGGUGCACAGGGCAGUGUGGAGGACAAGGUGGUGCUGAAGGAGUGUGAGACGUACGACCUGAAAACCCUCCGGGGUCCUCACGACUACAUCGGCGUGGCCAACAGCUCAGAUGCAAUAGACAAGAUUGAGCAAUGUAUCAGGGUCUGGAUCAAACAGAUUGAACAGGUUUUAGCGGAGAGUGAACAGAUGAGGAAGGAGGCUGAUGACAUCGGUCCCCGGGCUGAGCUGGAACACUGGAAGAAGCGCAUGUCAAAGUUCAACCACCUGCUGGACCAGAUCAAAGGUCACGAGGUCAAAUCAGUGCUGGGAUGUCUGCAGGCUGCCAAGUCCAAACUAGUCGCAACAUGGAGGGAGCUUGACAACAGAAUCACAGAUGCUGCCAAUGAGGCAAAGGACAAUGUGAAGUUCCUAUACACUCUGGAGAAGUACUGUGACCCUCUGUACAACAGUGACCCGGUUGGCAUGGUGGACGCCAUCCCUGGCUUGAUCAAUGCCAUCAGGAUGAUCAACUCCUACUCUCGCUACUACAACACCUCGGAGAAGAUGACGUCCCUGUUUGUGAAGGUGACAAACCAGAUGAUCACAGCCUGUAAAGCCUUCAUCACAAACAAAGGUCUGGACGACAUCUGGGGCCAGCCUAGAGAGCAGCUGCUCAGUAAACUCAGAGCCUGUAUCAGGCUGAACCAGGAGUACCAGCGUUGCUUCCACAAGACCAGACAGAAGCUGCAGAAGAUGCCCAAUGAGAAGCAGUUUGACUUCAGCGAGAUGUACAUCUUUGGGAAGUUCGACACCUUCGUGAGGAGGUUGGACAAGAUCCUGGACAUGUUUGAGACCAUGAACACCUACUCCAGACUGGGAGACUGCAAGAUUGAGGGCAUGGAGAGCUUUGCCAGCAGACUGACGGUCCUUGUUGCUGGGAUGAAAAAGAAGCCGUACAACAUGCUGGACCAGCGGAAGGCUGACUAUGACCAGGACUAUGAUGAGUUCAAAACAAACAUAGCAGAAAUCCACACUGGUAUCAGGCAGUUUAUGGACGGUACCUUCGACAGGCUGACCAACACACAGAGGGCCUUACAGCUGCUGAGGAAAUAUGAGAGGCUUGGCAUACCCGACCUUGACAUUGAAGAGAAGUAUGCCAAGAUCUUGCAGAACUUCGGUAAAGACAUUGAGAAGACAUCCAAGAUCUACAGUCAGCAGAAGGCAGACCCACCAGUGGCAAGGGACAUGCCUCCCAUUGCAGGGAAGAUCUCGUGGGCUCGUCAGCUGUUUCGCAGGAUGCAGGAGCCUAUGGAGAUGUUCCAGGACCACCCCACCGUCCUACAGACUCCCGAGGGCAAGAGGAUCAUCAGGAACUACAACAAGGUGGCCAAGGUGCUGCUGGAGUUCGAGGUGUUGUACCACAGAGCCUGGAUGAGACAGGUUGACGCCAUGAAGGCAGGACUUGCCGCCUCCCUCAUCGUUCGACACCCUGAGACCAAUGAGCUCUUUGUGAACUUUGACCCAUCCAUCCUGACCCUGAUCAAGGAGACGGAGUGCAUGGCAAGGCUGGGUCUGGAGGUGCCGCACGCUGCCAAGGGACUCAGACAGAAACAAGGUCACUUCAAGGAGCUGUACAACAAACUACAGCUGAUGCUGGAGGAGAAUAAUCGGGUGAGAGGUCAGGUGCCGUCAGCCUUCCAGGAGCUCAUCAAACCUCACCUGGCCAAAGUGGACCGGAUCCUGGAGCCAGGACUCACCAUGCUGUCAUGGACCUCCAUCAACAUAGACGCCUACAUCGAGGAUGUGUACGCUGGAAUAGGUGUCCUUGAGUUGCUGAUCAACCGUGUGAAUGACAUCUCCGCCUAUCGGAUUGAUGCAGUACUGCAGGAGAUGGCCACCACAGUUCUGUGUGAGCUUCCAGAGGAAGAGGCCUGGACAAUAGAGCACUUCUUGGAAAGAACCCAGGAAUUGUGUUCCAAGGGAGCGGCCACCCUCCAGUCCAAGAGCCAGCUGGUGGAGGAGGCGGCUAAUGAGUUGAUUGACAUGCUGCUGGGGGAUGAGGAGGAGCAGGAGGAGGAGCAGGAGGAGGAGGAGGCUGAGGAAGAAGACCAUGAUGGAACCAAGUCCAUGGGCAGUCGCAGUGCUGCCAGCCGUGCCAGCCGGCGGGCCUCUCACCUCACCCUGAGCCCAACUCUCCCCGCCGAGAAAACUCUGCAGAAAAAGAAACGUGAGCAGAAGGAGCGGCUUCAGGAGGAAGCUGAGAACCUACUGCACCAUUUUGCCAACAGGAACCUUGAUGCCUUGGUGCGAGUGACCCGUACCACCAUGGACUCUAUCAAGAAAAGGGUGUCAUCCUCGUCAAUGCUCAUCUACAUGGGAGAUGCAAGUGAUGCUGACAAGAAGUCGAAGAAGGAGAACAUCCCGAUGUUCCGUGCCGACAUGGCCCUGGCCAUCCCCAACAUCGUGAUGAUCCCUGCCCUGGACGAGAUCCAGCAAACUCUCAACAGGGCUGUACAGGCCAUCCUCGGGGUGUCCAGGGGGGUUUCACAGUGGAGCAAAGACAGGCCGUCCAAGGCACGCCAACAAGAGGCGGCAAAUCUGGAGGAACGGCGUAGUUCCGUCACCAGUACCUUUACCGACGUUAGCGACGCUGCGUCGCUGCGCCGCAUGCGUUUCCUGGAUGCCCCCACCUCCGACAGUGACUCCUACAGUGUGGUGACACAGAUCAACAACUACUACAAGGGUGUGGCCGAGAACAAGGAGGUCACCCGUCUGGCCGGGAUACUGUCUACAUGUAUUAACUCCACAAAGAAGGAGGUGACGACAGCCCUGGAACAGUUUGGGAAGUACCACCACAUCUGGAAGGUGGAGCGUGACGAGGCCCUGCAGGAGUUCAUGCAGACCAAGCCCAGCCUGUCUGAGUUCGAGGCACAGAUCUUCUACUACGACCAGCUGGCAGACGAGAUCAUGGCUCAGACUGAGUUUGUGAAUGUCGGCGCAAUCGCCAUCUACACAGAGCAACUGAAGCUGUCCCUGACUACUGAGACCAAGGCCUGGAUGCAGCACUAUGGGAAGUACUGCAACAUCAAGUACCGCACCGAGAUGGACAACAUCUUUGCUUUCAUCGAGGAGCUCACCAAGCGCUUAUCUCGACCAAUCAAGGACCUGGAUGACAUCCGCAUUGCUAUGGGCGCCCUGAAGGAAAUACGAGAGAAGCAGAUUGAAAUUGACAUGUCCAUUGGACCAAUUGAGGAGUCCUAUGCCUUGCUGAGCAAGCACGAGCUUCUGCAUGCCCGAGAGGAAGCGGAGAAGGUGGACACCCUGCGCUACUCCUGGGAGCGCCUCCUGGCACAGGCCAUGGAAGUGCAGGACCACCUCAUCAGCAUCCAGCCCAACUUCAGGGGUGGACUCAUCAGCAAUGUCCAGGCCUUCAAAGAAGAGUGUACCAACUUCUAUGGUGACUACCACAGCAAAGGCCCAAUGGUCGCUGGUGUUCCUCCACAGGAGGCCUCUGAUCGACUCAUUAUCUUCCAGAACAGGUUUGACAACCUGUGGAGGAAAUAUGUCACCUAUUCUGGUGGUGAGGACUUGUUUGGCCUGCCGGUGACUCCGUACCCAGAACUGCACGAGAUCCGUAAGCAGCUGAACCUGCUGCAGAAGCUGUACCUGCUCUACAACAACGUCAUCGAGACGGUCAGCGGCUACUACGACAUCCUCUGGGGGGAGGUGGACAUCGAGAAGAUCAACAACGAGCUGCAGGAGUUCCAGAACAGGUGCCGUAAGCUACCCCGGGCACUGAAGGAGUGGCAGGCCUUCCUGGACCUGAAGAAGACCAUUGAUGACUUCAACGAGACGUGCCCGCUGCUGGAGAUGAUGGCGAACAAGGCCAUGAUGAAACGCCACUGGAACCGCAUCGCCGCCGUCACCAACCAUCCGUUCGACAUCGAGAGCGAGACCUUCGCUCUCAGGAACAUCAUGGAAGCACCUCUCCUGGAAUUCAAGGAAGACAUAGAGGACAUCUGCAUUGCUGCGGUGAAGGAGAAAGAUAUAGAGGCCAAGCUGAAGCAGACCAUUGCGGAGUGGAACACCCACACUCUGACCUUCGCUAACUUCAAGACCAGGGGUGAGCUCCUACUGAGGGGAGACAGCACUGGUGAGAUUACCUCACUCCUGGAGGACAGCCUGAUGGUGCUGGGGUCUCUCAUGAGCAACAGGUACAAUGCACCUUUCAAGAAGCAGAUCCAGCAGUGGGUACAGAACCUGUCCAACACCACAGAUAUCCUGGAGAACUGGAUGGUUGUUCAGAACCUGUGGGUCUACCUGGAGGCUGUGUUUGUUGGAGGUGACAUUGCCAAACAGCUGCCCAAAGAAGCCAAACGCUUCUCCAACAUUGACAAGUCGUGGGUGAAGAUCAUGACUCGUGCUCACGAGAACAGCAACGUGGUGCAGUGCUGUGUAGGGGACGAAACCUUGGGACAGCUGCUGCCUCACUUGCUGGAACAGCUGGAGCUGUGCCAGAAGUCACUCACAGGGUACCUGGAGAAGAAGCGUCUGUUGUUCCCUCGGUUCUUCUUUGUGUCUGACCCUGCCCUGCUGGAGAUCCUGGGCCAGGCCAGCGACUCCCACACCAUCCAGGCCCACCUGCUCAGUGUGUUUGACAACAUCAAGACUGUCAAGUUCCACGAGAAGUUCUAUGACAGGAUCCUGAGCUGCACCUCAUCAGAGGGCGAGACUAUCGAGCUUGCCCACCCAGUCACUGCGGAGGGUAAUGUUGAGGUGUGGCUGAAGACACUCCUGGACCAGUCCCACAAGACUGUACACAACAUCAUCAGGAUGGCUGCCACUGCUAUCCAGGACUCCAGCUUCAACCUCAUCGAGUUCCUCAACACCUUCCCUGCACAGGUUGGACUCCUUGGCAUCCAGCUCCUGUGGACCAGAGAUGCCCAAGACUCUCUGGCCAACGCCAAGUACGACAAGAAGGGCAUGGCCCAGACCAACCAGGCCUUCCAGGAGCUGCUCAACACCUUGAUUGACAUGACGACCAAGGAGCUGACCAAGAUUGAGAGGACAAAGUACGAGACGCUCAUCCUCAUCCAUGUGCACCAGAGGGACAUCUUCGAUGACCUGUGCCGAAUGCACAUCAGAACUCCUACAGACUUUGAGUGGCUGAAGCAGUGCAGGUUCUACUUCAACGAGGACAUCGACAAGUGCAUCAUCUCCAUAACAGACGUGGACUUCCAGUAUCAGAACGAGUACCUGGGCGUGGCUGAGAGGCUUGUUAUCACACCUCUCACAGACAGAUGUUACAUCACCCUUGCCCAAGCCCUGGGCAUGAGUAUGGGAGGAGCCCCAGCUGGCCCUGCCGGUACAGGCAAGACAGAGACCACCAAGGACAUGGGACGCUGUCUGGGCAAGUACGUGGUCGUCUUCAACUGCUCUGACCAGAUGGACUUCAGGGGCCUGGGCAGAAUCUUCAAGGGUUUGGCCCAGUCGGGAAGCUGGGGUUGUUUUGAUGAGUUCAACAGGAUUGACCUGCCGGUGCUGUCUGUGGCAGCCCAGCAGAUCGCUGUGGUUCUGGCCAGUAAGAAGGAGAGGAAGAAACAGUUCAUCUUCACUGAUGGAGACGUGGUCGACCUCAGCCCUGAGUUUGGCAUCUUCCUCACCAUGAACCCAGGCUAUGCAGGUCGUCAGGAGCUGCCGGAGAACCUGAAGAUCAACUUCCGAACCGUCGCCAUGAUGGUGCCCGACCGACAGAUCAUCAUCCGUGUCAAACUGGCCUCCUGUGGCUUCCUGGAGAACAUCCUACUGGCCAGGAAGUUCUACACACUGUACAAGCUGUGUGAGGAGCAGCUCACUAAACAGGUCCACUAUGACUUUGGUCUGCGUAACAUCCUGUCCUGCCUGCGUACCCUGGGUGCCGCCAAGAGAACCAGUCCUGGGGACACAGAGAGCACCAUCGUCAUGAGGGUCCUCAGGGACAUGAACCUCUCCAAACUGGUUGACGAAGACGAGCCCCUGUUCCUGAGCCUGAUAAAUGACUUGUUCCCGGGGAUUACCCUGGACAAGGCAGGCUACCCCGAGCUGGAGAAGGCCAUCGCUGACGAGGUGGAGUCAGCUGGUCUCAUCAACCACCCUGCCUGGAAACUCAAACUGGUCCAGCUGUUUGAGACCCAGCGUGUGCGACACGGGAUGAUGGCCCUGGGCCCGACCGGUGCAGGGAAGACCACGUGUAUCCACACCCUGAUGAAGGCCAUGACGGUCUGCGGGGAGCCACACAGGGAGAUGAGGAUGAACCCCAAGGCCAUCACGGCACCGCAGAUGUUCGGUCGACUGGACGUGGCCACCAAUGACUGGACAGAUGGGAUCUUCUCCACACUGUGGAGGAGGACUCACAGGGCCAAGAAAGGUGAACACAUCUGGUUGGUACUGGAUGGCCCUGUGGAUGCCAUCUGGAUCGAGAACCUCAACUCUGUCCUGGACGACAACAAGACCUUGACCUUGGCAAACGGGGACCGUAUCCCCAUGGCGACCAACUGUAAGAUCAUCUUUGAGCCCGACAACAUUGACAACGCCUCGCCAGCCACGGUGUCCAGGAACGGCAUGGUGUUCAUGAGCUCUUCUGUGCUGGAUUGGAAGCCUAUUCUACAGGCCUGGCUGCGCACCAGGAACCCUGCAGAAGCCGCCACCAUCGAGGCCUUGUUUGACGGCUCUUUCCCUCAACUCUACCGCUUUGCCAUCCAGAACCUGGUCUUUAAGAUGAAAGUCCUGGAGUGUAUGAUCAUCUCACAGUGUUGCAAGUUGCUACAAGGCCUGAUCCCCAAGCGUGAGGAGAAGGAUGCCUCGCCUGUCCCGGUGGAACAUCUGGAGAAACUCUACACCUUCACGCUCAUGUGGAGCGUGGGCGCCAUGUUGGAACUGGACGACAGGGUCAAGAUGGCGGAAUGGAUCAAAACCAACCCCGACAUCACCAUCAACCUGCCGGAUAUCGAUGAAGAUUCAGAGGCGACCAUCUUUGACUACUGUGUGGAUAAUGAUGGUAACUGGCAGCACUGGGAGAGUCGUGUAGAGGAGUACCACUACCCUGCAGACAGUACCCCUGAGUACGGCAGCAUCCUGGUACCGAACGUGGACAACGUCAGGACUGACUUCCUCAUACACACCAUCGCUAAACAGACUAAGGGAGUACUCCUGAUUGGUGAGCAGGGCACGGCCAAAACCGUGAUGAUCAAGGGCUACAUGUCCCAUUAUGACCCUGACUUCCACCUCAGCAAGUCUCUCAACUUCUCCUCAGCUACAACACCCAUGCUGUUCCAGCGAUCCAUUGAGAGCUAUGUAGACAAACGUAUGGGCAGCACGUAUGGACCUCCUGCAGGGAAGAAGAUGACCGUGUUCGUUGAUGACAUCAACAUGCCCAUCAUCAACGAAUGGGGAGACCAGAUCACUAACGAGAUUGUCCGACAGCUCAUGGAGACUAGAGGCUUCUACAAUCUGGACAAGCCAGGUGACUUCACCAACAUCGCUGAUGUGCAGUUCUGUGCCGCCAUGAUCCAGCCAGGAGGAGGCAGGAACGACAUCCCCAAUCGCCUGAAGAGACAGUUCACCAUCUUCAACUGCUCCCUGCCAACCAACCCAUCCAUUGAUAAAAUCUUUGGUGUGAUUGGUACUGGUCACUUCUGCGAGAAGCGACUUUUCCCGGCAGACGUGAGGUCCAUGGUGGCGAAGAUCGUCCCCGUCACGCGGCGAAUCUGGCAGCUGACCAAGAUCAAGAUGCUGCCGACGCCUGCCAAGUUCCACUACGUGUUCAACCUGCGGGACCUGAGCAGGAUCUGGCAGGGCAUGCUCAACACCUGGUACGAUGUGGUCAACAGUGUCCCGGUUCUGUUGCACCUGUGGAAGCACGAGUGCUGCCGUGUGAUCGCAGACCGCUUCACCAACUUCCAAGACAUCGGCUGGUUCGACAAGACGUUUGACCGCGUGGUAGUGGAAGAUCUCGGUGAGGAGUACGCCCAACACCUCAAGGAGGAGAACUUCUUCGUCGACUUCCUCCGAGACGCUCCGGAGGCCACCGGGGACGAGCCCGAGGAUUUUAACUUCGACAUGCCGAAGGUGUACGAGCCCAUCCCGUCGUUUGGCGAGCUGCAGGAACGACUGAUCAUGUUCAUGCAGCAGUACAACGAGACCAUCCGAGGGGCAGGCAUGGACCUGGUCUUCUUCAGGGAUGCCAUGAUCCACUUGGUAAAGAUCUCCCGUAUCAUCCGCACCCCACGUGGGAACGCUCUCCUGGUGGGAGUGGGUGGAUCAGGCAAGCAGUCUCUCACCAAGCUGGCCUCCUUCAUCGCUGGCUACAAGACCUUCCAGAUCACACUGACCAGGUCUUACAACCAGAACAAUCUGAUGGAUGACCUGAAGAUCCUGUACAGAACCAGCGGAGAGAAGGGCCAGGGCAUGACCUUCAUCUUCACUGACAAUGACAUCAAGGACGAGGGCUUUCUGGAGUACCUCAACAACGUGCUGUCCUCAGGAGAGGUGUCUAACCUGUUUGCGAGGGAUGAGAUUGAUGAGAUCACCCAGGAGCUGAUCUCUGUCAUGAAGCGGGAGUACCCCCGCCGCCCUCCCACCAUGGAGAACCUGUACGACUACUUCCUCACACGUGUCCGGCAGAACCUCCACGUGGUGCUCUGCUUCUCACCUGUUGGUGAGAAGUUCCGAAACCGAGCCCUAAAGUUCCCAGGCCUGAUCUCCGGGUGCACGAUGGACUGGUUCCAGCGCUGGCCCAAGGACGCGCUGAUCGCCGUGGCUGACCACUUCCUGGCGUCCUACCAGCUGGAGUGCACGGCGGACACCAAGACUCAGCUGGUGCAGCUGAUGGGCACGGUGCAUGACGGGGUGGCCGAGAAGUGUGCAGAGUAUUUUGAAAGGUUCCGCCGUGCCACACACGUGACACCCAAGUCUUACCUGUCCUUCAUCAACGGCUACAAGACCAUCUACGGGGACAAGUCCUCGGAGGUACAGGAACUCCAGAGGAGGAUGAACACUGGUCUGGACAAACUCAUGGAGGCCCAGCACUCCGUGUCCCAACUCAGCGUGGAACUGGCAGAGAAGGAGAAAGACCUGGCCGUGGCUUCUGCUAAGGCUGAGAAGGUGUUGAAGGAGGUGACAGAGAAAGCCCAGGCUGCCGAGAAGGUCAAGGCCAGGGUACAGAAGGUCAAGGACAAGGCCCAGGCCAUUGUGGACGACAUCGCUGCCGACAAGGCUGUGGCGGAAGAGAAACUGGAGGUUGCCAGACCUGCACUGGAACAAGCAGAGCAGGCUCUUCAGACCAUCAAACCAUCGGAUAUUGCAACAGUCCGAAGACUGGGUAAGCCUCCCCACCUGAUCAUGCGUAUUAUGGACUGUGUGCUGCUGCUCUUCCAGAGAAAGCUAGACACGGUCACCCUUGACCCAGAAAGGGCAUGUCCCAAACCAUCCUGGGCAGAGUCACUCAGGGUGAUGGGAGGAGCAGAUUUCCUCAAAACGCUCAUCAACUUCCCGAAGGACACGAUUAACGAGGAGACUGUUGAGCUGCUGCAGCCGUACCUGGAGAUGGAGGACUACAACAUGGAGACGGCCACCAGGGUCAGCGGCAACGUGGCCGGACUCUGCUCAUGGACCAAGGCCAUGGCCUACUUCUACGGCAUCAACAAGGAAGUCCUGCCACUCAAGGCCAACCUGGCUGUCCAAGAAGCCCGUCUGGAGAAGGCCAACAUGGACCUGCAGGAGGCACAGGAGCAGCUGGACGCCAAACAGCGGGAGCUGGACAUCGUGCAGGGUCAGUACGACGCAGCGGUCAGGGAGCGGCAGGAGCUGAUGGACGAUGCCGAGACCUGCAGGAGGAAGAUGCAGACGGCGUCCAGUCUGAUCGAGGGGCUGGCCGGGGAGAAGGAACGCUGGACACAGCAGAGUAAGGAGUUUGCUGCACAGAUAAGGAGGCUUGUGGGAGAUGUUCUGAUGGCCACAGGAUUCCUGUCGUACUCCGGACCCUUCAACCAGGAGUUCCGCCAUCUCCUGCUCACCAACUGGCAGAAGGAGCUUCGCUCCAGGAAGAUCCCGUACACACAGGACCUCAACGUCACCAACAUGCUCGUAGAUGGGGCUACCGUGAGUGAGUGGAACCUCCAGGGUUUGCCCAACGAUGAGCUGUCCAUCCAGAACGGCAUCAUCACCACCAAGGCCUCCCGUUUCCCCCUGCUGAUCGACCCUCAGGGACAGGGCAAGAGCUGGAUCAAGAGCAGGGAGGCUAAGAGGGAACUACAGAUCACGUCCCUGAAUCACAAGUACUUCCGGAACCACCUGGAGGACUCGCUGUCUCUGGGGAGGCCGCUUCUGAUCGAGGACGUGGGAGAGGAGCUGGACCCUGCCCUGGACAACGUGCUGGAGAAGAACUACAUCAAGUCUGGGAAAACUCUCAAGGUGAAGGUUGGAGACAAGGAGGUUGAUGUGAUGGAUGGGUUUGUGUGCUACAUCACCACUAAGCUGGCCAACCCUGCCUACACGCCUGAGAUCAGUGCCAGAACGGCCAUCAUUGACUUCACCGUCACCAUGAAGGGACUGGAGGACCAGCUGCUGGGCAGGGUCAUCCUCACAGAGAAGGCUGAGCUGGAGAAAGAACGUGUGGAGCUCCUGGAGGAAGUCACGGCCAACAAGAGGAAGAUGAAGGAGCUGGAGGACAACCUGCUCUUCAGACUCACCAACACACAGGGUUCCCUUGUAGAUGAUGAGUCCCUGAUCGUGGUGCUGUCCAACACCAAGAAGACGGCGGAGGAAGUCAGCCACAAGCUGCAGGUGGCCGCAGAGACGGAGACGCAGAUCAACACGGCGCGAGAGGAGUACCGUCCCGUGGCCACGCGCGGCUCCAUCCUGUACUUCCUCAUCGUGGAGAUGAGCCUGGUCAACGUGAUGUACCAGACCUCGCUCAAACAGUUCCUGGGGCUGUUUGACCACUCCAUGGCCAGGUCAGCAAAGUCUCCCAUCACCAGUAAGCGUAUUGAGAACAUCAUUGACUACAUGACGUUUGAGGUGUACAAGUACACAGUACGAGGCCUGUACGAGAAACACAAGUUCCUCUUCACCCUGCUCCUCACGGUCAAGAUCGACAUCAAGUCCAAGAAGGUCAAACAUGAGGAGUUCCUGACACUUGUCAAAGGUGGUGCAUCCCUGGACCUGAAGGAGGUGAUGCAGAAGCCGUGUAAGUGGAUCCUGGACAUGACCUGGCUCAACCUGGUGGAGCUCAGCAAGCUCAAGAACUUCAGCGACAUCCUCAACCAGAUCACCCGUAAUGAGAAGGCGUGGAAGAGCUGGUUUGAUAAGGAGGCACCUGAAGAUGAGGUCAUCCCUGACGGGUACCACGCCUCGCUGGACACCUUCCGCCGUCUGCUGCUCAUCCGCUCCUGGUGCCCCGACAGGACUCUCAACCAGGCCUCCAAGUACAUCCUGGACUCCAUGGGAGAGAAGUACACGGAGAGCGUGAUCCUGGAUGUCGAGCAGAUGUGGGGAGAGACGGACAACCGCACGCCGCUCAUCAGCUUCCUGUCCAUGGGCUCGGACCCCUCCAACAUGAUCGAGGCCCUGGCCAAGAAGAAGGGGAUCGAGUGUAAGGCCAUCUCCAUGGGCCAGGGGCAGGAUGUGCAUGCCAGGAAACUUCUCAAGCUCUUCAUGGAGACGGGUGGGUGGGCACUGCUACAGAACUGUCAUCUGGGACUAGACUUCAUGGAUGAACUGAUCAACAUCAUCGUGGACACUGAGGUGAUCCACGACAGCUUCAGGCUGUGGAUGACAACAGAAGUCCACGAUAACUUCCCCAUCAACCUACUACAGAUGUCCAUCAAGUUCACCAGUGAGCCUCCCCAGGGAGUGAAGGCUGGUCUGAAGAAGACGUACGCAGGAAUCAGCCAGGACCAGCUGGAGAUCAGUAACAUGCCUCAGUGGAAGCCUAUGCUGUAUGCUGUGGCAUUCCUACAUACUACAGUGCAAGAGAGAAGGAAAUUUGGUCCCCUGGGAUGGAACAUUCCUUAUGAGUUCAACCAGGCAGACUUCAAUGCCACUGUACAGUUUGUACAGAACCACCUGGAUGAUAUGGACAUCAAGAGGGGUGUGUCCUGGAGCACGGUGAGGUAUAUGAUUGGUGAGAUCCAGUACGGUGGGCGCGUAACAGAUGACUACGACAAGCGACUCCUCAACACCUUCGCUCGCGUCUGGUUUAGCGAGCAACUCUUCUCACCAAACUUCUGCUUCUACAAGGGCUAUGUGAUUCCAAAGUGCCAGAAGAUUGAGCAGUACCAUGAGUACAUCAAUGGCUUACCCACCUCAGCCACUCCAGAAGUCUUUGGUCUGCAUCCAAAUGCCGAAAUCACGCACUCGAGCACGGUUGCCAAAGAUGUCCUGGACACCAUCCUGAGUAUCCAGCCUAAGGACAGUUCAGGAGGGGUGGGGGAGACCAGGGAGGCCAUCGUCUACAGGAUGGCUGAUGACAUGCUGGACAAGCUACCCAAGGACUACAUCCCAUUCGAGGUGAAGGACAGGUUAAAACAGAUGGGUGCGUACGCUCCCAUGAACAUCUUCCUGCGUCAGGAGGUGGACCGCAUGCAGAGGGUCAUCACCCUGGUCAGGAACACCCUUAAGGACCUCAAACUGGCCAUUGACGGUACCAUCAUCAUGAACGAGAACCUGCGCGAUGCCCUGGACUGCAUGUACGACGCCCGGAUCCCCGCACAGUGGAAGAAGAUUUCGUGGGCGUCGUCCACCCUGGGGUUCUGGUUCACCGAGUUGCUGGAGAGGAACGCACAGUUUGACAACUGGCUCUUCAACGGGAGACCCAACAGCUUCUGGAUGACUGGCUUCUUCAACCCGCAGGGCUUCCUUACCGCUAUGAGACAGGAGGUGACCAGAGCACACAAAGGCUGGGCGCUGGACAGCGUUGUUCUGUAUAACGACGUCACCAAGUGGAUGCGAGACGACGUGGCCCAGCCUCCACUGGAGGGCGUGUAUGUGUACGGGCUGUACCUGGAGGGUGCUGGCUGGGAUCGGCGCAACUCCAAACUCAUCGAACAGAAACCCAAGGUGUUGUUUGAACAAAUGCCAGUCAUCCACAUCUAUGCCAUCAACACCACUGGCACCAAAGACCCCCGCCUCUACUCCUGUCCCAUCUACAAGAAACCUGUGCGAACUGACCUGACCUACAUCGCUGCCGUGGACCUCCGGACUGUCCAGUCUCCUGACCACUGGAUCCUCAGGGGCGUCGCCCUACUGUGUGAUGUCAAAUAAACAUGAUUACAAAUGUACUUUUCUACCCUUAAUUGUGUAAAAUACAGCACAAGUCUAAUACAUGUAGUUACUUGUUGUUACUUAUUGUACUAAAAUCUCAAGGCAACAAGAGUUGUAAACCUGGAGUGGCUUUAAUUUUAUCAUCAUGAUUGUAUGUAUUUGAUUGUAUGCUAUU